AUGAUUGUGAAGAGUAAAAUUUUGCCAUUUAUGUCCGAGAGUGGUAUCGGGAGCAGAGCGGUGGCCGGUGGCUUACAGCGCGUCUCUCCCUGGCAGGUGACGGCAGAGGCCCGAUGUAAGUUGAUCAGCUGGUUGCUCCCUGUGCACCGGCACUUCGGCUUCUCCUUCGAGUCCCUGUGCCUGGCGGUGAACACUCUGGACCGAUUCCUCACCACCACCCCGGUGGCUGCCGACUGCUUCCAGCUGCUGGGGGUCACCUCGCUCCUCAUCGCCUGCAAACAGGUGGAAGUGCACCCGCCCAGAGUGAAGCAGCUCCUAGCCCUUUGUUGCGACGUCUUCACUCGCCAGCAGCUCUGCAACCUGGAAUGCAUCAUCCUAAACAAACUACACUUCAACCUGGGGGCACCGACCAUCAACUUCUUCUUGGAGCACUUCACCCAUGUGCGUAUGGAGUCCUGCCAGGAAGAUGCCAGGGAGGCAUACAAUGCCAAAGCUCUGGCCAAAGGGGUGGCCGAACUUAGUAUGGCCGACUAUGCUUUUAACGAUUAUGCCCCGUCCCUUCUGGCCAUUUGCUCCCUGGGACUGGCAGACCAGAUGUUGCAUCACCAAAAUCCACUGGACUUGCAUAUAAGUGGCUACCCGGAGGGGGUUUUACAGGAAUGCAUGGACAAACUGCAUUUACUGGUUUCUUUAAAUGGGGACUCAUUACCACAUGUGCUACCCCUGGAGAUUUCUGAGAAGUGCCUACACCUAGGAAGUUAAGCUAACUGGACCAUAAUACUUAAAACCUUUUUAUGACAUCCAAAGCAUCUGUGACAUUUAAGAGCAGUUUGGUCUAUUUUCAUGAGUGCAUUGUGUUUUUAUAAAUUCAUCAUUUCUAUACCUCUAAAGAUAACAGUAUUGGCCUUAUUCUCUUGCUUAGUUGGCUAAUCAAUGUAUUAUAUUUGUAUUUAUUUAUACUAGAUAGUGAUGGUUUAGAGUUUUGAUAUGAUAAAAUUAAAUCACAUUUUGCACAUUUCAUUAUUGUAUGUUAAUUGCACUGACUGAUUUUAUAGAUCUAUAUUCAAUUUGUAUAUACUGUAUAUCAUCCAAGUACUGUAUAGUUUAUUUAUUUAGAAGAUGGUUCACUACGCACACCUUCAUAGCAACCAAGGAAGAGUGAAAAUGGAGAAGUGUUUCUAAAUAAUUUUUUUGUCUCUGAUCAAUAAUGGUCUGUGUCAGUGUGACUUUUGUACAUAUACCACAGAGGAAAUUAAUUGCCAGAGAAUUAACAACAUGACAGGACCAAAAAUACUA